CGGCGAGUUGCUCGAAUGGAGGAUGCCCAAGGUAAUCUCCGCCUACGUCCAACAGGACGAUCUCCUCUACCCGAUAACAAGCAAUAUCCUCACCGACCCAAUCACCAUCGAGAAUGGCUGGAUCGGGGAAACUCGAGCUGCCCAAUUACCUGCCAGAAACUGACCAUCACUCUGCUCCCCAAAACCAACUACGUCCUCAAGCGCCUAAUCGCCACCUGGCUCGAACAAAACCUUACCUCUUCUUCCCCUUCCAUCGAAACCCCUCUCUGCCGGAGGAAAUCCGCCACCGCCGCCGUCGGAGAGUCCACCACUCCGUCGUUGUCUCCCAACAGCGUCAUCGUCGCUGCGGCGGUCGUGGACGGCUCCGUUGCCGAGCUACGCCACACGAUCAACAACCUCUGUAUGACGGAGAUCCUCGACGAAUCGGAGGCGGCGGUUCUGAAGCGACUUAUCCAAGACAGAUCGAUCUCUCCCCACCAAGAUUCUUCCCUUCCCUCCUUUUCCCCUCUGCUUGGUACUAAAUUCUCCCACCUCCCAGUCUGUUCUCUUCUUCUACCUAUCAUGAAAUGAAACCCGCGCUUUCUUUCCUCAGGGUAAUGUGUGUCUCUCUCUGGUUCUCUUACUUCACUGGGUAGCUUCUAAUUCUACGAAAUUGGUGCUCCUCAGUGAAGGGCCAGUUGCCAAUGACUGAAUUUUGCUAGUUUGAUUGCUCUCCACUCUCUACUUCCAUUUGGGUUUCCUCCAAAAACUCUCUUAUACGUUUCUGAAAUUGGUACUACCGCAAAACCGAGUUGAGACUUGUAGCCAAGAUGAUUUUCUUGUACAGUUUGUUGUAUGAGCUAAAUUGUUGGGCUUAGAACUAAACUGAGCUUCACUUU